AUGGGUUUUCUCGGAAUCCUCGAGGACACUGUCCUGCCUCAUGUCCCGGGAACAGUCAUACUGAAUGACACUUCUGGACAAUCCCAAACACUUACUGCUGGCCUCCGGCAUGGAACUGGCAAAAACUCUCACAUCGUGCUUGUGCCUCAACCUUCCGAAGACCCUAACGAUCCCCUGAAUUGGAGCCCUUCAAAGAAACUCGCGAUCAUCCUCAUAGUAGGAUUUGGGUCUUGCCUUACUGCCGCUACGAUGAGCCCCCUGCUCAAUUCAGGCCUUGCAAUUAUAGCCGCGCAAUUUGGUGUUUCUAUUGGCAACAUUACUCUCGUCUCUGGAUAUCAACUCCUUGUAGUGGCCUGCUCAGGACCGAUUGUUUCUACAUGCUCGCGAAAGUGGGGAAAGAGACCUUGUUUUCUAAUAUCGACAGCAUUUGGCCUUCUCGGAACAAUAGUGGGCUCCGCGACAAGUAGCUAUAACGGCUUACUUGCAUGCCGCAUCAUUCAAGGGUUCUCCAUUAGCGCUUACGAGUCUCUCAUUAUAUCCCUGGUCGGAGAUCUUUAUUUUGUCCACGAACGUGGACCGUACAUGGCGGGCACUCAGUUUUGCCUGUCAGCAGUCAACAACUUCUCAUCCGUCGUCUCCGGCGCCAUUAUGAACGGCUUGGGUUGGAGAGAUCGCCGGUAUGAAACCGACACGCUAGCAAGCGACAAUCUCGAUGAGCUCGCCGCUAUUGAGAAGAGACMCCAGCCAGUACCUGGGACUGAAGAAAAGGGAACAAGCGCUCACCUCGAAUCGAAUGACUCUCAACUACCACCCCGGAAAACAUUUAAACAGGAGCUUGCGGUCUUCACUGGCACUUACUCCCACGAGAACAUUAUCCUCCUCAUCAUUGCCCCUUUCGCUAUAUGCACUAAUAUUGCGGUCUUAUGGUACGUUGUUGUUGCUGGGUACCUCAUCGCCACCUUCGUUGCCCAAUCCUACGUUCUCUCCCAGCUCUUCUCUCCCCCGCCCUAUUCACUGAGCGCCCUUGGCAUUGGUUAUCUAUCCUUGGGGCCUUUUAUAGGUGGUCUAAUCGGUGCGAUUAUUGUUGCCAUCGUCACAGACCCGGUCAUUAAAUGGGCCGCUCGUCACAACAACGGAGUGCACGAACCCGAAUACCGGCUUCUUCCAAUGACCGGCUCUAUCCUUGCAGGUGUAGGCGUCAUGGUCUUUGGCGUACUCUGCCAGAAACACUCGAGCUACUAUGCUACUGCUACGGCUCACGGCGUUGCUCUUUGCGGUGUUGUCUUGGGAGCAAUUCCUUCUUCUAUAUACGUGCUUGACGCAUAUAGGGAGAUGAGUAACGAGAUGUUCAUCAGCUCUAUGGUGUUUAAGAACUUAUUAUUCUAUGGGUUCAGUUAUUUCGUGAACGAUUGGACCGCGAGCAAGGGACCACAGCAUGUGUUUCUGGUUUUUGGGGGGUUAUCUUGUGGGCUGGUUGCCACGACCCUAAUCGUCUUCAUCUGGGGAAAGAGAUAUCGGAGUUUUUGGCACAGACACAAUCUGUUGAAGAAGUUCCCUAUCAACACACAUUCUGAGUAA